AUGAGGAACGACAUUACGGACAUGCACACAGCGAACGCUGAUAGCAGUACAGACGCCAUAUGGCUCGAGAAAAGGAGUCCGUCACGAACGGCGCCCGAUCAAGUGUCACUCAGUUUUGAUAAAGUCGUCGUCAAACAAGAACUUCCUGAUGAAGCGGAAAUCCGAGAAUUGGCUGCCAAAAUGGUGGAAGCAAACAAAGCGAAAAUGGUCAGCGGGGUACCAGGGGCACCAGCACAGCAAAGGCCUCCACAGUGUCUCCUACCGCAAUCAAAUCUUCCUGGUAUUUUAGGAUAUUUGAAUAAACGGCCGGCAGAUUCGUCAACUGCUGCGUCGAUGAAACCCGUUCCCGCGGAAGGCAAAGUACCGCCCGACGACGAGAGUCAAAGAGGCCGAUUCGGAUGGACAAGCUUCGACGACUGUCACAUACCGUAUAUAUUUCGCUCUGGCGAAAAGUAUUGCGCAGUACGAAUCUUAGAAUCUAAGUUACUGAACAAGUACCUGAGUUACCUACACUCGGACAUCUACAGUUGUACGUGUAUAAGAAGUUACUAUAUUACGGAAGCGGAGAGUAAGUUGUUCACCGAGAUAAAUGUGAAACAUUGCGAGAAUCAGUUCGGAAGGGAACAAUUUACGUGUAAAGACUUAGUGGUACGACUGUCGGAUGCGAAGGAGUUCUAUACGUUUUUGGACGUGUGUUACACGAAGUUAACGGCAGGCACGAAUCCUAACGUGUCUAAUGGACAUAAAGCCGACAAAUGUGGAUUUAUUCGAAUAAACAAGGAAUCAGUGGUUCCUUAUACGGUAAAGGACGGUUUACAAUACGUCCCUCUGUUUUACUUUGAGGGUGAGACCGAGAAUCUGAAGUUGAAAGCGGAGAAGCUGGAAGGUUGGGACUUGUCGUAUUUGAAAUUUUGUUGCAAAGUACAGGGUAUUCGUAAUGAACUGUUUGCAAGUGAGACAUGCUCAGUGAUUAGUUUGAAUGACAUUAAAAGUUAUUUCCCCCCCGAUACGGGAUUCGAAGACUAUUGGCCGACUAAAGUGAUGGACUCCCAGUUAUUAGUGAAUAGCAAAGGUGGUGGUAGUGGUGGUGUUUGGACAAAACAACCUCCAACACCGCCAGCGACGAAACCCGUUCCCGUGCAAAAUAGCACUGUGAACAAACCGACGGUUAAUGCACGUGCUACUGCUCCUAUGCAUAAUAUACUACCACGUGGAACGGUCCCAAAUACGCCGCAAGUGCAACAACGUGUGAGCCAACCCAGGCCCGGUGCAACUACCCAUCCCGCACAUACUUCACCAACGGCACUUUCCUCCGGCAGGUCAAACAUCGUCACACAACCGAUGUUGAGCACUGUGCAAAGUGUUAACGGUUGGACGGGACUCGUCGGUGGUCAACCCACGUUUCAAACAGCACUUGUUUCUCAGCCUAGUUCUAUUAUACGAAUGUCCUCCUCCUUAAACAUGCACAAUCAAAUACCCACACCACCAAAAAAUUAUUCACAACAACCUAGUAGGAGUAGAGGGGGUGGUGGCACUGCAACAGUUCAGUAUCCUGGAGUAUAUCCAGUUACAACUAUGCAGAGUGUUGCUCAAGCUCAACCACCCCCUCUUGUCAGAGCAACGGUCCAUUCCAGUCAACCUAAUCUUGGUUAUCCAACCUAUGGGAAGGAUGACUGGGUUACAUCAACAUAUACUACACCUACUUUAGGUGUACCUAAUGCAGUUACGGCAAGUACAUACUCUCAAAUGCUUGGUUUAAGUGAACAAGUACAAGCUCUAAUGCCAUCACCUUCUUCGGUAUUGUUGCAUCAACAAAGGCAUACACCAUCCGUACAUAACACAUCUCAUGCAAAAUACCCACCACCAUUAAUACCAGUUAAUGGCAGUAAUAAUAGUUCCAGUAAUAAUAGUUCCAGGGAUUCAAGAGGCAGAAAGCCUUUGAUCCCAAUAGCAGAAACACAUAUAUCAACCUGUCAAGUUCAACCUUAUCAAAUUCAAAAAGCACUUGUUGAAGAUAAAAUGGUACCCUGUAUUAAUUUCAAGCCAUAUAUAUAUUCUGAAUUAUUGAUGACACUUCCUGAUUUCGUCGCUCAGUAUUUUCCUGCCUGUGACAUCAGUAGCUGUCGGCAAGUCCUUACAGAUGUCUUACACAUAGACUUGUAUCAAGGAAAUAGGUUACAAAUGAAGAUGUUAAUGGAAGCAGGAAAGUGUUCAUCUUUAAAUGAAGAGCUACCAUUAAUACAAGUAAAAAGUAUAAUGAAAUACAUGCCCCAAUUGAAAUACAUGUUUAAUAGAGGUGAGAUGGUGAUGCCUGCACCUGCACAUUCCUCUGAGGAACACCCUGUCAAAAAGCGUCAACGCACCAGCUAGGACUGGCUACAGCCUUACUGGCCUACUUAUGAUUAUUACCAUUCGGCAUUUUAAAAAAGCCGACUACUUUGACUUACGUGUAACAAAUCAGCAUCAUUAUAUGCACUGAGAACAACGCAAAACAGAUAAAUCUAUA